AUGGAUGUGUUAAAGUUCUCAGAUUUGGACCUGGACUUUUACCCGGCGACAGAAAAGGAUUUUGCACAGGUUCGGUCCCUUUGCAGCGACGAAAGACAUUACAUGUCGAGCAUCUACCAUUCCUGGCUCCAAGAGAGGAACCGCGUGGUCAUUUUGGCCAAAUGUAAUCGCGGAGUGGUUGGCAUGAGUUCUGCCCACAUCGUGAACGAUGGACAGACAGCUUUGAUGGAAGGGCUUCAAGUAGCUGCUUCAGAGCGGGGCAAAGGAAUUGCACGGCUGGUUCAUAAACACAUUCUCGAACGUGUAAGAGCGAGGUACCCGGAGGUGAAGAGGCAGUGUUACCUCACACAGCAUGAGUACUUCAAAGGAUUUUCUGUAUUAAGCAAACAGUGCAUGGUUUUUCUUCGAUUUCCAUCGAUAAAUGUUCCCGCUUUGAUAAGCGAGGCGAUCGGUAAUAUGAAGAAAAGUGGGGAUGAAUAUUACGAAGCGAUUUCUCUCCAACCGGACGACGUGAGGUCGAUAUUCCUGAACAGGACCGUGAUUGACACGAUACUGCCGGGCGGGAGAAUCAUUCAGCGAGGAAGCGUGUUCAAACCGCUGGAGAGUAACCUGGAUAUUUUACUGAAGCGAGAUAUCGUCUGGAGAGCAGACAGUGUGGGGAACACACGCGUUGUGAGUGUGGGCACAGCUCCCUUCAAAGAUCCAAUGGGAAACUACAUUUUCAUCAUCGACAUGUUUGGGACAGAUUUACCAGCUGUGAAACGUGUCUUCCUCUCUCAGCUACAAAGCCUGCCUCAUUUACAAGGUGAUGUACUCUGUCGACUCUCUGUAAAUCCAUCACUGUCCCCACAGAUGUGGGAAUUCUGCACCAAAAAAAUGGGGCUUGAGAAAAGGAAGCAAUACUUGAAGAAUUCCUACGUAAUAGAAGGGGAUAUUUUCCAAACUAUUGCAAGAUUAUAA